AUGUCCACAAUUCCUGAACUCUACAAUGAAAAGUGCCAUUGUGCUGGAUGUAGUCAGAACAAUCUCGGCUAUAGUUUUGUUGCCAGAAGAACUGCUCAACAUCAUAACAAAAGGGCAAGACUAAAUGCCAUAAGAUGUGAAAGGGACAUGUCUACCCAAAGAAAUAUGAUAGAGGUUGAUAAUGAAGCUAUCUUAACCCAUCAACCCAGAGCCCUGGAAGAAUUGUACACUCAGACAAACUCACCUGUUUGGGAAGGAGCUUCAAUGUCUGACACUGAAGACGUUUCUGUUACUAAUGAUGCAAUCAGCAAUAGCGACAAUGAUGACAGUGGAAGGAACAGCAAUGAAAUCAGUGAAGACGAAAGCGAAGACGAUGUUGUUGAGCUCAACAACAAUGAAUUGAAUAGUGAAGACUCUUUUGCCACCCCCGAUAUGCUCCAGAACCCAGUGCACAGGUUCAUUGCUACUUUUGUGGUGAUGUUUGCUUCCCACUAUGUGGUUGACAAGGGCGCUGUUGUCUUGAUCGAGUUCAUCAACAAGCUCUUGACAAUUUACAAGCAGGAUUUCCAACUGCCCUUGAGCCUUCCUGGUCUUCAGCGCAUGACAGGUUUCUCAGCCAUGACCAAAGGCAUAAAGAAAUUUGUUGUGUGUCAGGAUUGUCACAAGGUGUACAAAGAAAGUGCAUCUGUCCCAUCUCAUUGCGAUUUUGUAAAGCUUGGUGCACACUCGUCUUGCAACUGCCAAUUGACAAAAACAUCAGCAUUGGGUGCUUUGGUGGCCAAGCGUUCAUACUUGUACCAGUCUGUUGUUAAUGCUUUACAAAUGUUUUUUCUUCAUUCAGGAUUCGAGGAUAAAAUUAGACAUUGGAAUCACGAGUUGAAGAUGGUGGACACGAUGUGUGACAUAUACAAUGGUGCCAUGUGGAAAGAGCUCAAAGACAAAGAUGGCGUGCAAUUCACAAAGGAUUCGCGUUCAUUAAUGUUGACUCUCAACAUCAACUGGUUUCAACCUUUUGAUAACGUCACGCACUCGAUGGGUGCCAUAUACACUGGAAAAAUAGGCCAUGUCGCAGAGUCAAUAGUUGUAGGGAACUUAAACCAAAUGAUAUCUUUUGAGUGA